AGCAUAGUUCCGUGUCUGCUCUCCAUGGCGAAACCAAAUUCCACCUUUGAAUCAACAAAUCACACAAUCUUCAUUGACACAAAUCUCAAUACCCAUCUUGUUUUAAUUAUUACGAAUAAUGAUACUGUGUUUGAUCUCAAACUAUCAAUUUGUAUUGUUAUGCGAGUUUAAGGGUACCAAGAGUCUCCCUUCAUGUAUAUUUGAAGUUCGGAUUUUCGACAUAACCCGUAGUUGUUGCAAUUGGAUUUGGCUUAAAAUUGAUAAAAAAUAAUGUCUGAACAUCCUCGUUGCUUUCCAAUGCAUGGCAAGAUAGAAGUUAAAGCUAUUAAGGCAAGGCGCAAAAAAUGUUUUUACCAUGUAUCGGAUUCAAUGUUUGUUAAAAGUGUAUUCGAUAGAGUUAACAGAACAUGGUUUCUUUAUGUGGAUGCCGUUAGCGAAGUGGUAUCUGGAAAAAACCCACUUUAUUUACAACCUGGUUCUAGUGGUCUACCAAAACUAAUGUUGGAUGGACCUUCAGCUGAAAAAGAAAAAGCUAACAUCCAAGUUGAGCAUCAGUGCAUUAAGGUUUCAGGGUUUGAGUCAAACAUCGGAAUAGCGAAUCAUGUUAUUUUGAACGAUGGUCAGUUAGUACAGGGUGAUAUGGGUGGAAAGGUGUCAAACAAAUUGGAUGUAGGAGUAGAAAUCUUAAGUUCUGAACUGAUUAAAAGUUCCGAUGAUACUAAGGAGAGAUUUAUUUCUGAAAAAAGGAAACGAUGUGAUCCAAUUAGCACAGAAAAUGAAGUCCCAGAAAUACACGCUGAACACGAGAAAGAUGAAUAUAUAAACGUUAAGGGUGGCAUGGAUGAAAAUAUAUUGGGUGAAGCUCCACUACUAAAUUCUCCUGCAAAGAAAAAACAAAGAAAAGUAAAGACAAGCGAAGAUGUUUCUAAGAACGUUAAAGGUCCUUCAGAAGAAGCUUGGCUACCAGUUCCUGCUGUGAAGAAUGAUAAGAUUUUCGAUGCUUUGCAUGACCCCAUUGGAGAAUCAAUGAAAGAGACUGAUGCCGAGACGCGUCUGCAUAGUAAAGAAGCAUUUGUACCAGAAAACUUGUUAAAUGAGAAAUCAUUGGGGGAUGAACAACAAGUCACAAUUGGUUUAUUAGUCAAACCGGCGGAGAGUUUGGCCAGUGGGAAAAGGACAAUAAAAAAGAAAUCGUCAAGUUUUCAAAUUGAGGCAACUUCUCCAAUUGACACAGAAAAUGAAGUCCUACAAAUGCUUAAUGAACACAAUAAAGGCGGAUUGGUACAUUCUUUUGAUGACCCUGUUGGAGAAUCUAUGAAAGUGAUUGAUGCCGGGACACCUAAUGAAGUGGCAUCCAAACCAGAAAACUUGAUACAUGAGAAACCGUUGGGGGAUGAUGAACAACAAGUUACCACUGCUGGUUUACCAAUCACACUGGGGGAGAGUUUAGUCAGGGAGAAGCGGAAGAAAAAUAAGAAGUCGGCAAGUGCUCAAAAUGAGGUUUCUAAAGUUGACACCAAAACGGAAGUCCUACAAUUGCAUAAUGAACACAAGAUAGAUGGAUUCAUAGAUUCUCUACAUGACCCUGUUGAAGAAUCUAUGAAAGAGAUUGAUGCUGGGACACCUGAUAAAGUGACAUCCAAACGAGAAAACUUGGUACGUGAUAAACUGUUGGAGGAUGAAUUACAAGUUACAAGUGCUGGUUUACCAAUUAAAUGGGGGGAGAAUCUAGUCAGGGAGAAGGGAAAGAAGAAAAGUAAAUCAGCAAGUGUUCGAAAUGAGGUUUCUACAGCUGACACAAAACAUGAAGUCCCAGAAAUACAUAUUGAACACAAGAAAGACGAAUUCAUAAAUUCUUUACAUGACCCCGAUGAAGAAAAUAUGAAAGAGAUUGAUGCUGGGACACCUCUGCACAAAGACAUAUCUAAACCGGAAAACUUCUUACUUGAUAAACCAUUGGGGGAUGAACAACAGGUCACAAGAUCUGCAGUCAAACCGGUGGAGAGUUUAGUCAGUGAGAAGAGGAAAAGGAAACUGGCAAGUUUUCGAGAAGUGAAUUGUGUAGCAACACCAUCUGAAGAAAUAAAUUUGAAGCAUAAGUUAUUGGACGCUUCUGUAGAUACAGUGACUAAGGAUAUUGCUAAUACAAGAAAGAAGAAGAAGAGGACAACCAAGACUUCUGAUGCUGAAACCUGCUUGCCAUCUGCAGGAGCAGAAAAUGAUGAUAGCACAAGAGAUAUCGUUCCUGUAACAUCUGAGCCUGAAAAAGCUUUAGAUACGAGAAAAGCAGGUAAAAGCUUGCCUCCAACUGGAAAGUCAAGAACGUCAAAAAAGAGAACUACUGAUGCUCCAUCUCUAUGCCUCGAGAAGGGAUCUGAUAAGGACUGUGGGAUUGGGGACAACACUUUUGUCAUGGAGUCUUUGAAGACUAAACACUCUAACUCAAAGAAUUAUGCAGAACUACCAGAGGAACAAAAAGUUGGUCUCUUUAGGCACAUCACUCCUUCAACUGAUGAAAACAGGAAACAGGAGAACACCCCGUUAAAAAGGGUGAAAAAAUCAAGAAUAGGGAAGGCAAAGUCUGAUAGCAAUUCAUCUAGAUAUGUGCCUGAAGUUGGUAAAUCUGGUGGGAUUGCUAUUGACUCCCUGUUUCAAGUUUCAGAGAACUAUGAAUCCUUACAAAUGCCACCAGACAUUCUCGAGCAUGAUGUGGGGAAUAGGCCUCUUGAAGAAAAUUAUGAGUCUGAUGUAAAUGGUAGCACAAAUGCAGGAACCAAAUCCUCUGCUGUUGAGGGUGAUGACAUUGAUUUCAGUGAGUACUUUUUGCCUAAAGACCACCAGAAAUUUGUUGCUCCUGCCAAAGGGACUGAAAUUAAACCAUCAGACAAGAGCUUGAAAGUUGGUUCAGGAGAAAACCUCUUGCACACAAAGAACUCUGAUGGUGGCGCCUCGGGCGCGGUUCCAGUAUUAAAGGGUGGGCAAAACAACCCUGCACCACAACCUAAUAUGAAGGCUACUGUUAAGGUUGGUGAAACUCCUGUCGAAGUGUCAAAGAAGAAGGUAGUUAGUGCAUCUGGGAAUGCUACCCCUGUGAUGAAGAAGGUAGUUAGUGCAUCUGCGAAUGCUACCCCGGUUAUUUCUCAUCUGGAUCGUUCUUCUAGAGUUAACCUUGCCCAAAAGAAGAUUAAUGUUUCCUUGGCAGAAUCAAGUUCUAAUACCGAAAGUACGGUGGACAGGGUUAAUAAAAAUGAAGGAGGGGGUGUUGUUCCACAAUCCCAUGCAAAAGUAAGAAUUCCUCUUUCAGAUCAAAUUGGUAAAGUGUUGAAUGCUUCAAGCAGUCAGAGGAGUUUGUUAAGUAGCGUAAAACCUAUUUUCAAGGAAAGUAGUGGUGAAAGUUCUCAAGAUGAAGGUGAUGAAGUAAACAAUUCAGAGGCCAGCACCCAAACUCCCUCAGAUUCGUCCUCAUCUGGAUCAUCAACCGGGGAGGAUUCACCAGGACCUUCUGGUGGUAGAAGGAUGGAUAGUGAUGUGACUACACCAAAAUGUAAGGAGAAAAUAAGCUUGGAUUCAAUCUUUAAAAGGUCGAAGAGCUACAAGAAGGCAAGAGACAUCGCUUCCCAGUCUCAAGCUGAGGAUCCUGCACCAGACAUUGUGCUGGAUAGUCAGGUUUAAUUUGAAACCCAUUAAUGGGGUAACUCACUAAAUCUGGUGAGUGGUGAUGCUCAUUCUUUCCUGCUGCCUUGUCGGAAAGAAACUGGAAAUUGAGAAAGCAGUUACUUUUGCUUGUUGAUUGUACCAAUUCUACUUUGCAUUUUUGUUAGAUGACUGCCUUUUCAUAUACCUAUUUCAUAUACUUUGCAUUCUUGGAUAUGAGCUGGGACAACCCUAACCAAUCCAGUGUUGUUGUUGUGCCUCUUUAAAUCAUUAGCUUAUAUAUUCCAUUUUGGAGCAAUCUUGAAUUGAGCUGGAAGCCUGGAACAGCCCCUAUUAAUCAAUCCCGGGUUUAUGU